UCUUUUAAACACUUUGAAGGUGUCAUUUCUUGUUUUUGUGCUUUGGCAUUUGGCAGUGCUGUUUCCCUUGUUUUAUGGCUUCCCAAUUCAUGGCCUCUGAUUGUGCAAAGAAGUCCUCUCUCUCAAAUGGCAUCAUCAUGGUGAGAAAGACAAGAGUUGAGCCUUCUGGAUCCGAGGAGGGCUCUGGGUCUCAGGAACCUGGUGGCAUUGGCAGGACUCAACGCCCGGUUCUACAGCAACAGGGGGGUGGUAGAGGGGGGCGGGGUUGGAUUCCUGCCAACCCUCAGCAGCCUUACCAUGGUGGUCGGGGUGGAGGUUUCUACCAAGUUCGUGGUAGUGGACCUCAGACUCAUGGGGGAAUGGCCCAACCGCAACAAGGUGCUCGUCCCCCUACUGAAUAUCAAGUCCGUGGAAGGGGUCAACAGAGAGGUGGGAUGACACAACAGCAAUACCAUGGGGGACACAGGGGUGGUGGCCAGAUGACAGGUGGGCUUGGAGGUGGACCUUCUGUUGCUGGUCCAUCCAGGCCGUCGGUUCCCGAGCUGCACCAAGCAACCCAAGCUCCAUAUCCUGCUGCCCCGUCAUCAUUAUCAAUAGCUGGCCCAUCGCAAUCACCAAUGAUGACUGCUGUUCAGGUGACGGAACAUAUUGAAAGUCUUUCUCUUAAGGAUGAAGUUCCCACCAGCCAGGCAAGUCAGCAGGUGGUUCCAGUGGCUCCUUCAAGCAGAUCUAUGAGAUUUCCACUGCGUCCUGGCAAGGGUAGCAAUGGCACCAAAUGUGUGGUGAAAGCAAACCAUUUUUUUGCUGAGCUACCUGAUAAAGACCUUCACCAGUAUGAUGUUUCAAUUACCCCUGAAGUCACUUCACGCGGAGUGAACCGUGCUGUCAUGAGGCAACUAAUUGCCCUAUACCAAGAGUCCCAUUUGGGUGGCCGCCUUCCGGCUUAUGAUGGUAGAAAAAGUCUAUAUACAGCUGGUCCGUUGCCAUUUUCCUCUAAGGAGUUCAAAAUUACUUUAAUUGACGAGGAUGAUGGUUCUGGAAUGGAAAGGCGCCAGAGGCAGUUCAAUGUUGUGAUUAAAUUUGCUGCACGAGCUGAUCUUCACCAUUUACAGCUAUUUUUGGAUGGGAAGCAUGCAGAAGCCCCCCAGGAAGCCCUUCAAGUUCUUGACAUUGUGCUGCGGGAAUUACCUAACCAAAGAUACACGCCUGUUGGCCGGUCCUUUUAUUCAGCUAAUCUGGGAAGAAAGCAGCCUCUUGGUGAAGGUUUAGAAAGUUGGCGUGGCUUCUACCAAAGUAUUCGGCCAACACAAAUGGGCCUGUCGCUGAAUAUUGAUAUGUCAUCCACUGCUUUUAUUGAGCCAUUGCCAGUCAUUGAGUUUGUUGCCCAGCUACUGAAUAGGGAUGUCUCAGCUAGACCAUUAUCUGAUUCUGAUCGUGUGAAGAUAAAGAAGGCUCUUAGAGGCAUCAAAGUUGAGGUUACACAUCGGGGUAAUAUGCGCCGAAAGUAUCGCAUUUCUGGUUUAACACCGCAAGCAACAAGAGAGCUGACUUUCCCAGUUGAUGAAAGAGGCACUAUGAAGUCUGUUGUGCAAUAUUUUCAAGAGACUUACGGUUUUCCCAUUCAACAUACAACUUGGCCUUGCCUGCAAGUUGGUAAUCAACAGAGACCAAAUUAUCUGCCUAUGGAGGUGUGUAAGAUAGUGGAAGGGCAAAGGUAUUCUAAGAGAUUAAAUGAGAGGCAGAUCACUGCUCUUCUCAAGGUUACAUGUCAGCGCCCUCAUCAGCGUGAACUUGACAUCAUACAGACUGUGCAACAUAAUGAGUAUGGAAGUGACCGUUAUGCUCAGGAGUUUGGGAUUAAAAUUAGUGAUAAACUUGCAUCAGUUGAGGCCCGGAUUUUGCCUGCCCCAAGACUGAAAUACAAUGACACCGGUAGGGAGAAGGAUGUCUUGCCCAAAAUUGGUCAAUGGAAUAUGAUGAAUAAGAAAAUGGUGAAUGGCGGACGAGUGAACAACUGGAUAUGCAUCAAUUUUGCAAGGAAUGUUCAAGAUAAUGUUGCCCGUAGCUUUUGUUAUGAGCUAGCGCAGAUGUGCCAAAUAUCUGGCAUGGAUUUCUUUUUGGAACCAGUGCUUCCACCACUAACUGCGCAUCCUGAGCAGGUGGAGAGAGCUCUGAAAGCACGCUAUCAUGAUGCAAUGCUCAGACUCCAACCUCAGGGAAAAGAUCUUGAUUUGUUGAUUGCAAUAUUGCCGGACAACAAUGGUUCCCUUUAUGGGGAUCUUAAGCGAAUUUGUGAGACUGAUCUUGGGUUGGUCUCACAAUGUUGUUUGACUAAACAUGUAUUCAAGAUGAGCAAGCAGUACUUGGCAAAUGUUGCGCUAAAGAUAAAUGUGAAGGUUGGGGGCAGGAACACGGUGCUUAUGGAUGCACUGACGCGAAGAAUACCACUGGUCAGUGAUAGACCAACAAUUAUAUUUGGUGCUGAUGUUACGCAUCCUCAUCCCGGAGAGGACUCCAGUCCUUCCAUUGCAGCGGUUGUUGCUUCUCAAGAUUGGCCUGAGAUCACCAAAUAUGCUGGGUUAGUUUCUGCUCAGGCACAUCGUCAAGAACUGAUUCAAGAUCUGUUUAGAGUUUGGCAAGAUCCCAAACGAGGAAGUGUCUCUGGUGGAAUGAUUAGGGACCUUCUCAUAUCCUUCAAAAUGGCAACUGGUCAAAAGCCUCAGAGAAUUAUAUUUUACAGAGAUGGUGUUAGUGAGGGACAGUUUUAUCAAGUGUUACUUCAUGAACUGGAUGCAAUUAGAAAGGCUUGUGCUUCCCUGGAACCUAAUUACCAGCCACCCGUAACUUUUGUGGUGGUGCAAAAGCGUCACCACACUAGGCUUUUCGCCAACAACCAUGCAGAUCAGCGCUCAGUUGACAGAAGUGGAAAUAUACUGCCUGGUACUGUUGUUGAUUCCAAGAUCUGCCAUCCAACCGAGUUUGACUUUUAUCUGUGCAGCCAUGCAGGCAUACAGGGUACAAGUCGUCCUGCUCAUUACCAUGUUCUCUGGGAUGAGAACAAAUUCAGUGCUGAUGAACUCCAGUCACUGACCAACAACCUUUGCUACACUUAUGCUCGGUGCACCCGUUCUGUUUCCAUAGUGCCUCCAGCCUACUACGCCCAUCUGGCAGCUUUCCGUGCCCGUUUCUAUAUGGAGCCAGACACUUCUGAUAGUGGCUCUAUGUCAAGCGCUGCAGCUGGACGUGCCACUCCCGGCGGCGGUGCACCCCGUGCAACCCGUGUGCCGGGUGGUACCAUAAGGCCCCUUCCAGCUUUGAAAGAUAAUGUUAAGAGGGUUAUGUUUUAUUGUUAAAGAUAUAUCUAGUCCUAUGAACUAGAGUUUACUUUCUGUUCUCUGCUGAAAUAAAGGUUUGUAUGACCAGAAGUGUGUUUUGUUGUUAUUGUUUCAGAGGAUUCUAACUUAUUCAGCAUAUAUUGUUGUUGAAGUGAAACCUUUAUCAGAGUUGUUGUUAUGCAUCAAACAGCUGCUUUCAUUUCAAUGUCAAACCAAAUACAUUAUUAA